CAUAAGCUGUCUAGUGGUGUGCCUGUUUUAUCGUCAAUGUUUUAAUGAUUUUAAAAUGCGUAUUUAAGCUGGAAUUCAGAGAAGUCGGUUUCAAUAUCGAUACUUUAAACACAAAAGUUUGCAGUAUAAUUGUCGUGGUAAAUUACGUCGGCUAGGCUUCGGUUCAUUAUUCUGAACAGGCGCAAUAUGAACAGCUGUAGGAGAACUCUCCUGGCGGGAAUGAUGUAAAUCUCCAGAAGGCAGUGUAGUUACUGUUAGAUUCAUAUUUAACAACGAAUUUUUAUUGAAAUAAAUCGUUGCUGUGUUUGCUAAAGAUAAAGUUAAGAAAGAAGAAGAAAAAGAAGAAGAAGAAGAAGCAGUUUCCGCUCUUCAAAGCAGGAAAACUUCAAAGUGCUCCCGCGAGCCAAGCUCUAACUCGCUUCCCCGUUAACCGCAGGAGCGAGCGAGCGAACGUGAGGCUCGUGUUUCUGAGAUUCGUGUGGAUAAUGAAGACUCCCAGGCGCCCGGGCAGCGUACAGCACGACUGCGGCGUGUGGCUGGACACCGCACACCUCAGGAGGAGGGGGAAACCGGUCCGGCUGCCCCGCUCCAUCUCCCAGCUGCUGAACCCGCUGGCGCCCCCUACAGGCUACAGCAUUCCUGCGGCCCUGAGCUUCACACAGACCAGGCUGCGGCAUCACACGCAGAGCUCCAUCAGCGCCUUCCUGUCCCCACGUCUCCAUGGUAAGGAAGAGGUGGAGCCUGCUGCAGCAGUGGCCACGCCCCUCUCCCCUCCUGACGCCACCUCACCGCAGAAGAAGAGGAAACGAUUGGAGGGACCUGAGGAGCCAGCCUAUCAGAGAGAGGCCCCGGCCAGCUCACAGCCAGAGGAGGAGGAGCCUGUGAAAAAGAGGGUCUGGACCCCUGCACUGUCCCACUGGGGGGGGAAGGAGAACCGGAGACCCCCACCCUCCUCUCCCCCCUCCCCCAAACACACACAACCCCCCCCUGGCUGCCUGUUCCCACGGCGAUGCCCCCUCGCAGAGGCGCCGGUGCUGUUCACCCAGGACUCAGAGGGCCGGCGGGUAAUCCUGCACCGAACCCCCCUGCAAGACUGUACCAACUCCAGCCCCUGGGCAGAGCAGCCCUGGACCGUACCAUCCCGACUUCUCCCACAGGGGGAGCCAGACUCUCAGCUUGGCCUGGAGAUACUGUUCACACAGGACUCUGAGGGAAACCGGGUCAUCAGGCACUGAGCCACACCAUAGAGUUCACGCACACACACGCACACACCAGAUGCCUCAGCAUAGAGUUCACACACACACACACACACACACACACCCACGCACGCACGCACACGCACGCACACACACACACACACACACACACUCACACACACACACACUCACACACACACACACCCACCCACGCACGCGCACACACACACCCACCCACACACACACACACACACACACACACCAGAUGCCUCAGCAUAGAGUUCACACACACACACACACCCACCCACCCACACACACACACCCACCCACCCACGCACACACACACACACACACACACACACACACCCCCACCCACACACACACACACACACACACACACCCCCACCCACACACACACACACACACACCCACCCACACACACACCCACCAGAUGCCUCACCAUAGAGUUCACUCACACACACACCCACCCGCACGCACGCACGCUCGCACACACACACCCACCCACACACACACACACACACACACACACACCCACCAGAUGCCUCACCAUAGAGUUCACACACACACACCAGAUGCCUCACCAUAGAGUUCACACACACACACACACACACACACCAGAUGCCUCACCAUAGAGUUCACACACACACACCAGAUGCCUCACCAUAGAGUUCACACACACACACACACACACACACACCAGAUGCCUCACCAUAGAGUUCACACACACACACACCCCGAUACCAUGACCUCAUCUUCAAUCUGUGACAGCACACUCUGGUGGCAGGAGGACCACUGUACGUGACUCCACAGAUCAGUGCAGUCAAUACACAAUAACGGCAGGUACUGAAUCAGAUUCACUUUAUUUGGAAAAAUGUCCAAUAAACAAAUUCAUUACUACA